GUUUCGGUUUUAUUUCAUCUCCCGGAUUAUAUGCUUUGGAGGCUUCACUUUAUGAAUCUUGUUUCAGAUAAUUAUUCAAAGUUUUGAUAAAACAAUGACAUUUGAUAAUUUAUUUUGCUUUUUCUUGAAAAAGAUAAAUGUGUGCUUUUCUUUUGGCUGUAAAAUCCAUGAAUUUGAGUCAUUUCCCGGGUUGUUAUGUAUUCAAAUAUCAUUCAUUUGUUUUAGCUUCAACUGUUCAAGAAUUUGUCCCAGAAUCUUGAACUGUGUAUAUUAAAUCAUAUAAGAAUACUUUCAUAAUUUGAGCAAUUACCUCAGAUUUGACAGACUGGGAGCCUAAUCAAAUAUCAUACAUUUUUAGAGCUUUUAUAUUUGAGAAAGUGAUUUUCUUGAUGAUCUGUGUAGAAUACUUGCAGAAUUUGAUAAUUUAGUCCAGAAUUUACACAGAGAGGGUCUUAAUGGAUAGCAUUUCGAAUUCCGAGGAGAAUUCUGAUAUGGGAUAUCAGCCGUCAGCUUCUUCUCUGGAUCAGAUUGAUCAAUCACCAACAGAUACUACCAGUUACUCAAUUAUUAGUGGGGAAUCUUUUGCGUACUGCCGAACGAGUUCUGUGACCUCUGCGUUUUCUGAGCAAACGGAUGAAAACAGCUGUUCCGAGGCAGCCUCUCCUAAUUUCUGGCCGGGCAUGAAAACUCCAACACGUGCAGCCCUUUCGAGAUUAGGAAUGAAGCAGCACAGGUAUCCUUUCGAUGAAAAGCAGCGAGACGAGGACACAAUGGAGUUAGAGCUGGAACUGAUGAAGGAGAGAUUUUCAAAGCUUUUGCUGGGGGAGGACAUGUCAGGAAGUGGAAAAGGGGUUUGCACUGCAGUGACAAUCUCCAAUGCCAUAACAAAUCUCUAUGCUUCAGUAUUUGGUCAGCAUCAGAAGUUAGAGCCUUUGCGUCCAGAUAAGAAAUUGAUGUGGAAAAGAGAAAUGAAUUGCCUUUUAUCAGUCUGCGAUUACAUUGUAGAAUUAGCCCCUGCAUUGCAGACUUUAAAAGAUGGGAAUACUUUAGAGGUGAUGACAAGCAGACCAAGAUCAGAUAUUUACAUCAACCUUCCUGCGUUGAGAAAACUAGACGCAAUGCUCCUGGAUAUACUGGACAGCUUCGAGGAGACAGAGUUUUGGUAUGCAGAUCCGGGAAGCAUAUCGGGAAAUUCAACGCGUUCUGGAUCAUUCAGGAGGAUACUUCAGCCUCAGCCUCAACGAGCAGAUGAAAAAUGGUGGUUGCCGGUUCCUUGCGUUCCUUCUACUGGUCUAUCUGAGAAAUCAAUUAAACAUUUGUUACAAAAGCGUGAUUGUGCCUACCAAAUUCACAAAGCCUCACUGUCCAUCAAUAAUAGCAUUCUUGCUGAAAUGGAGAUACCAGAAUCAUACAUUGCAACUCUGCCUAAGAGUGGAAAAGCAAGUGUAGGAGAUACCAUUUACCGCUACAUGUAUACCACAGAAAAAUUUUCUCCGGGUUGUCUUCUUGAUUCUCUCGAUAUAGGCUCUGAGCAUGAGGCACUUGAGUUUGCAGACAAGGUUGAAGCUUCAAUGCAUACAUGGAGACGUAAAUGCGGGACUCACUCUAAAUCAUCAUGGGGCGUGGUUAAGGACUUAGUGUCUGAGAUUGAUCGAAAUGAUAAGAAUAAUGUCUUAGCCGCAAGAGCCGAGACCUUGUUGUUCUGCCUGAAGCAAAGAUAUCCAGAACUCUCACAAACGACAUUGGAUACAAGCAAGAUCCAAUACAAUAAGGAUGUAGGACAAGCAAUCCUAGAGAGCUAUUCUAGAGUGUUGGAAGGUUUGGCAUUCAACAUUGUUGCUUGGAUUGGGGAUGUACUUUUUGUACAUAAAACCAUGAAAAAACGAGAUUAGUAUAAACAACAGCAAAGAAAUCGGCAGCUAGUUGUGGUUAGGGGUGAAAUCUCACUCGAACAUUCUGGCUGGUAUAUGCUGCAACUUACAGAAUUCAACAUAUGAUGUACAGAAUUCUGUACCUAGGAUUUUAUGAUGACAAUUGACUGAUUUUGUUCCUCCUGAGUUUAAAUAGUAUUAGUGAAAACCUUUGGUCGUUAAAUGUCUCCUAUUUGAUCUGAUGUCCGGUGUUUUCGGCUUAAUUUCCUGUCUUAAAACAUCUUGGCAUGUUAUUACAGAACAGUAAUGAAUAGGACAACAAUGUGAUUUAUCAUUUUUGGUUCCUAUUCUAGAUUACAAUGACAAA